AUGCCGUUUUUAAUAAUAUCUAUCUAUCUAUCUAUCUAUCUGACUAUCUAUCUAUCUAUCUAUCUAUCUAUCUAUCUAUCUAUCUAUCUAUCCAUCCAUCUGUCAUCUGUUGCCUCUUCAUUUCUUAUCCAUUCUUUCGUCUUUUGUCCUUUUUUUAAAAUUUACGUGUGUGUUUCCUGUUGUUUCUCUAAUACCCAUCUGCCCCCUCUUUUUCUUUCACAUUGUCUUUUAUUCCCCCCUUUAUUUUGUUAUCCUAUCUCCCUUAUUUAUCUUUCUCUCGUUUACCCUUCAGUCUCCCUUCCAUUAUACUCAUCUCUUGUCGCCUACUUCUCUUUACUCCAUCUCUCUCUUCCUUUCAUAUCUAUCGCUAUCUAUUUCUCGUUCUACUCUUAUGCUUUGCACCUUCUAUAUUUUUUUGAUCUUCUUCUAUCUCAUGUUUUUUUUUUCUUUUUUUUCCUUCGUUAUUCUCUCGCUUUUAAUGUCUUUUCUUUUACUAUCCUUUCUCUCUUUCUAAUUUAUCUUUCUUUCGUCUCUUUCUGUCUCUUUUUUUCUGCCGCGGGUUUCUCUCAGUUUCUCCCUGUUUUUUUCUUGUUCUCUUUUAUCUCUCUAUCUCGUUGCCUUUCUUUUUUGUCUCUAUUUCUCACUCUCUCGUUUUCUGUCUUCCAUUCUCCCAUUAUCAUUUCUCUGAAUUUCUCCCAGUUUUUCUCUUCAUUCUUUCUCUUCUUCUGUAAAUUUUCCCCAGAUUUUUCUCUUUUUCUUUUCUCUAUAGGUCUUCCUGAUCUAUCUAUCUAUCUAUCUAUCUAUCUAUCUAUCUAUCUAUCUAUCUAUUACAGUCUUUUUGUUGACCUAAAACUUAUCUGUUCUUUCUUUUUUUCUAUCUAUCUAUCUAUCUAUCUAUCUAUCUAUCUAUCUAUUAGAUUCGGUUUAUGUUGGCCUAAAAGUAGCCAGAUCUAUCUAUCUAUCUAUCUAUCUAUCUAUCUAUCUAUCUAUCUAUCUAUCUAA